ACAGAUGAACCAAAUCAUAUAGAGAGAGAUAGGGAGUAAAUUAGUUUAUUCAUCAUCAUCGAAUCAUACACAGAUUGAUCUUCAUACCUGUAUUGAUUGCAAGUUUCCCGGAAUCCUACAUUCCGGCAGCUUCCACGGCGAUCGCCUUUCUUCUUUAUACUACUUCAGGGUUUUUCUCCAAUUGCUGUAAUUUGAGAUUGAAUUCAUAGAAUUGGUUCAGUUAGCUUCAUUUCAAGUAAUAUGCAUAUGGGUGAGUGUCAAUGUGUGGUGGCGAGGUUGGAAGGAGGAGAUAGUUUAAUCAAGGCAGUUGAACAUAUAGUGAAAGCAUUAAAGAUAAAUAGAAGAAACUUAACAAAUGAUGAAAGGAAGAUAUUAGCUGAUCUGGGUUCUCAAUUGACCUCCAUAGCUAAUAUGAUUGAAGAAGAUAAGGAUGAAUUAGGUUUGAGCGAGGUUGAGAAGCGUUUUAAUACGGCACGAGACAAGAUCAUGAACUGGGAACUUGAUCAAUCCAUGAUAUGGGAUUCGGGAUCGGAAGAAGUUAACGAUUACUUGAAGGCUGUGGGGGAAGUUAGGGAAGUGGUGGAAACUUUGGAGGGUUUGAAUCUGAUUAAGGACAGUGAAGAGGAUAAGCUUUUAAGGAAGACGAAUGAUGUUCUUCAGACGGCAAUGGCGAGGCUGGAAGAAGAGUUCACUCACUUACUUAUCAAUUUCAGACAGCCAUCGGAGCCUGGUCAAAUGUCUUUUCGAUCGAGUGAAGAGGAUGUUAUUGAUGCCGGUUCUACUCUUUCUUUUGGCGAUGAAUCGGUUGAUCAGGAUAUUGGGGGAAGUAUGAGCAUUAGUAGAAACAGCUCGGCUGAUUACAUAAUCGACUUGGUUCAUCCGUCCAUCAUACCGGACCUCAAAUGCAUAGCCAAUCUCAUGUUUGAUUGUAACUACGACCGCGAGUGCACUCGGGCUUUUGUCAACGUGAGGCGAGACGCGCUGGAUGAUUGUCUCUAUAUCCUCGAGAUAGAAAAAUCGAGCAUUGAGGAUGUUCUGAAGAUGGAAUGGGGGAACUUGAGCUCGAAAAUAAAGAAAUGGGUACGUGCCAUGAAAAUCUUCGUCCGAGUGUAUCUCGCCAGCGAGAAAUGGCUAAGCGAUCAGAUAUUCGAGGAUCUCGGAACUGUAGGCUCCAUUUCGUUUGCGGAGGCUUCCAAGGCUUCAAUCUUACAACUACUAAACUUCGGUGAAGCCAUAGCAAUCGGUCCUUUCCUGCCUGAAAAACUGAUUUCUGUACUCAACAUGUACGAGGUUUUGUCUGAUCUUGUUCCCGAGAUAGAUGCUAUGUUCACCAACGUUAAAACUGAGUGCCAGGAUGUUCUCGCCAGAUUAGGAAUAUGCGUGAAGGCGACAUUCGAUGAAUUCAAGACAGCAGUCGCCUCCAAGACGUCAACGAAUCCUUUCGCAGGUGGUGGAAUCCAUCCUAUAACUAAAUACGUUAUGAAUUACAUUAAAACCCUGACGGAUUACAGCGAAACACUAAACCUACUCCUCAAGGACACGAAUGAAAAACAAUCAUCGUCGCCCUUUUCUUCACCAGACAAAGACCAAGAAGAUGACGAUAUCCCAACUAAAACCUCUCCAUCGAAUGUGCCGUCGUUGUCAGCUAUAACAAGCCAAUUCGGAUCGCUAAUUUCAAUCCUGGAAACAAACCUGGAGGAUAAGUCCAAAUUGUACAAGUCUGAACCACUCAGCCACAUAUUCUUGAUGAACAAUAUAAGGUAUGUGGCUGAAAAGGUGAAGGGUUCGGAAUUGAGGACCAUCUUGGGUGAUGAAUGGACACGUAAACGUAAUUGGAAGGUCCAACACCACGCGAUGGGCUACGAGCGGGCAACCUGGAGCUCUAUUCUCACGCCAAUAAGGGAAAGGGAAGAUUCAGGGGGUUCAGGGUCCGGUUCCAUCUCCAAGACCUUACUCAAGGAGAGGCUGCAGAGCUUUUACGUCGCGUUUGAGGAGGUGUAUAAGAGUCAGAGCGGAUGGUUAGUACCGGAUGAACAACUACGCGAGGAUAUAAGGAUCUCCACUUCACUGAAUGUGGUCCAAGCCUAUAGGAACUUUGUUGGAAGGCAUGUUCAUAAUCAUCAUCUUAGUGAAAAGAAUAUCAAAUAUACAGCCGAUGAUCUUGAGAACUGCAUCUUGGAUCUUUUCGAAGGAGCUCCAAGAUCCUUACGCAGCCUUCAUAAGAAAUGAAUGAAAGGUCUAAGUUUGUGGUGUAAUAUUGUUGUUGUGUAGUGUGUUAAACCUUAUUUUAGUGGAGAUUGAUGUUCUUUUUUAUGUU